UCAAAACACCAAAACCCUAGCUUUUCUCGUCUUACGCCCAUACUUGUGUGCAUCUCGUUAGUUUUGGCGCCGAUUGAACCCUAAAAAGGGAGAAGAGAGAAAGAGGUGUUGCACUCUAUUCUAUCCCUCUCUCCACAGCAUUCAUUCCUGGUAAGAUCAGCCAUGAAGUACAAUCCACGGGUCUCCAGCUCCCGGCGCAAGUGCCGAAAGGCGCACUUCACGGCCCCCUCUAGUGUGCGCCGGGUGCUGAUGAGUGCCCCACUAUCUGCCGACCUAAGGAACAAGUACAACGUCCGGUCGGUGCCGGUGAGGAAGGACGACGAGGUGCAGGUUGUUCGUGGAACCUACAAGGGACGAGAGGGCAAGGUGGUUCAAGUCUACCGUCGCAAAUGGGUCAUCCACAUAGAGCGCAUCACAAGGGAGAAGGUUAAUGGAUCCACGGUCAAUGUUGGCAUCAACCCCUCCAAGGUCGUCAUUACCAAGCUCAAGCUCGACAAGGAUCGCAAGUCCCUUCUUGAUCGUAAGGCCAAGGGCCGCGCAGCCGAUAAGGCCAAGGGCAAGUUCACAGCUGAAGACGUCGCCGCCGCCGCCGCUGCACCAUCUCUUCAAGAGAUCGAUUAGGUUGAUCUUGAUUGCUCUCCAUCACUUGUGCCUUUUUCUUCUUUCUUAUUAGUUAUUAAGGGCAUUUGUUUAGCAAGUAAAGUAGUAAUUUUUAGCGUUGCUCGUCAUUUUAGAGACAGACAAUUACCUGCAUUUUCUUGGUUGUGUCUUAUCGAUUAUGAUAAUCGGCAAGUUUUGUGUUUAAUCUUUGGUUAAGUGAACUAUUUAGCGAAUAUGAUAUAUUGGGCAGUGAUGUCGCUUGUUUCAUUUUAUAUGUUUGGGUGGAAAACGAUGAUCGCGUUUGACUCAAGUAA